UUUUUGAUGUAUUUCAUACGUAGUAUAUAAAGGAAUUAUUUUGGGAUGAAAGUGUAAUUACCUUAGACACUUGAACUCGACGUUGAAUUAAAGAGUGUUUACAUCAUAAAGAUGGCAUAUUUUUUGAUUGGAUGCCUAGUCGCCAUGGUAAUUGGAACAGAAUGUGCAGUGACUACAUUUACAUUUUCUGGAAGUCAAUCCGCUAAUUUGCAUAACGAGAAGCGAAACCUUCAUAUAAACACUCCACCUUUGAGCGGAGAUUAUGGUCUUGCAAUUCAAGCUAGAGAUUGUGCCAAAAGAAUUCUCGAAGAAAACUUGGACGCAAGCACACAUCCUUGUAACCCUGAAGCUCUCAACGUUGGAGAAAACAUAUAUGUUGCAAGUGCAUACGGCGAACCUCUGCUAGAAAAUGCUAUUAAGCCGUGGUAUGCGGAGGUAAAAGAUAUUGAUUUUUCCAAUGAUGUAUGGGUUUUCACUGCUGAUAACACAAAAGUUGGUCAUGUCACACAGAUGUUGUGGGUUGCUUCCAGUGCGGUGGGUUGUGGUGGGGCUAAGAAACCAAUCAACGGUUAUGGAAAACACACAAUUGUUAUAAUCUGCAGAUAUUCCCCAAUGGGAAACCGCUAUCAAGGAGAUUUUUUACGGAAUAAUGUCAAACCUCCAAAAGCUACAGCAACUGUUACAAACUGUGCGAACCAGGCUUUUUGUGUCUCGUAUGCGGUUUCACAUUGUACAAUCGGCUCGUUUAAAGAUCUAGUUAAAUCCAUGUGUCCAAAAUUGUGUGGGUUAUGUUAAUGUUAAUAAACAAAUGCAAAGAAA